CUUGAAGUUGUUAAAUGUCAAUCUUUGUCUGUUUCUGAGUAAUUCGAAAUCAGUACAAAAAAAAUGUUCAAUACUUGUAUAGAAACUUCCGCUUCUAAUACGUGAAUACGUGACAUAUUGAACGUAACACGUAUUCAAAAUGUUAAGUGGUAAUAAAUAAGUAUUACUCCAUCUUCGUUAUACUUGAAUUUUUAAAAUUGUUAAGAUGUUAAGAAGACGAAAUGUGAACAUUAAAACUGUCAAGGAACUGGAUGGAUUUCCCAAGGUUCCUGAACCUUAUGUUGAUAAGACUGCAGUUGGAGGAACAUUUUCCAUAUUUACCAUAUGUACUAUUGCAUAUCUCAUAAUAGCUGAAACAAAUUAUUAUCUUGAUAGCAGAUUACAAUUCAAAUUUGAACCAGAUACAGACAUUGAUGCAAAAUUAAAAAUAAACAUUGACAUAACUGUUGCUAUGCCAUGUGGUCGUAUUGGUGCUGAUGUUUUAGAUUCAACAAAUCAAAAUAUGGUAGGACAUGAAUCCUUAGAAGAAGAAGACACAUGGUGGGAAUUAACACAAGAACAAAGAGCUCAUUUUGAAGCUUUGAAACACAUGAAUUCUUAUUUAAGAGAAGAAUAUCAUGCUAUUCAUGAACUAUUAUGGAAAUCUAAUCAAGUUACCUUGUAUAGUGAAAUGCCAAAACGAACUCAUCAACCUUCAUAUCCACCAAAUGCAUGCCGUAUACAUGGCACUUUAAAUGUUAAUAAAGUAGCUGGAAAUUUUCAUAUAACAGCUGGAAAAUCAUUAUCUAUCCCCAGAGGACAUAUACAUAUUUCAGCAUUCAUGACUGAUAGGGAUUAUAACUUUACUCACAGGAUAAAUAAGUUUUCAUUUGGUGGACCUAGCCCAGGUGUUGUUCAUCCAUUAGAAGGGGAUGAAAAAAUUGCUGAUAACAAUAUGAUUUUAUAUCAGUAUUUUGUAGAAAUAGUUCCCACAGAUAUACAAACUUUACUAAGUACUUCUAAAACUUAUCAGUAUAGUGUAAAGGAUCAUCAAAGACCUAUUGAUCAUCAAAAAGGAUCUCAUGGAAUUCCCGGGAUCUUUUUCAAGUAUGAUAUGAGUGCACUUAAAAUAAAAGUUACCCAACAACGCGAUACAGUAUCCCAGUUUUUAGUAAAAUUGUGUGCUACAGUUGGAGGUAUUUUUGUUACAAGUGGAUUAGUAAAGAACAUUGUUCAGUAUUUUUGGUACAUAGUAUGCUGCAAGUUUCUAACGCCUAAAGAAAACAAAAAUGACCAAAUGUUUUCAACCCCAGUUGUUGGUACUAACUAUCAAAUACCUGGAACAAUAAAUCUAUUAAAUGUUCCAAUACCAAAUAACGUGGAUAUCAUGUUUCAGGCUAAAUAAAAAUAACUUUAUUUUAAAA